AUAGGUGAUGACCACGGUAAAAGGCUUCAUGGUGGACAUGGAUAAAAUCCGGCAGCGGUAUCCAAAUGAUGACCCAGACACAUGGGUCGGCUCCAUCCUCCGAUGCCUGCCGCGAGACGCGUUUAGCUACGUCGCUGCCGCCGACGUCAACGGUGAAAUGACACUUGUACUCGUUCUCAAUGCUGGAGACGAUGAAGAAUACCUGCGGAGAACUUUGAAAAUUCCUGACAAUGAAUCUUUUCGUCAAGCGAUUCAACUUUUCCUGACACCUGGUGUGUGGCCAACCCAUGAGUAAUAUUUCUGUCAUUCACCGUCAGUAGUUCAACAUACUGAUUACA